GGGAGGGGGGGAGGCUUUACGCAAGAGUCGUGGUCUCUCCUCCGCGAGCGAAAAGAGAACGACGUGGGCGAGGGCGAAAACCUUCCCUGGACUGUUUUUUUUUUCUUCUUCUUCUUUCGUCUUCUUCCUCUCUUUUCUUUUUUUUUAACGAGGGGAAACGCGAGGUAGCGAUGGGCGUGACGACUCUCCGGAGCGAGGUGAUGCUCCGUACUGCCGGACUAACGUCCGUUCACGCCGCAGCUCCGUGAGCGAUGCCUCUGCCGUGGCGAUGCGAAGCACACGACGACGCGCUGUCCAGAUCUCCGUAGCGGGCGAUGAUUCAGCAGCACGACUCCAGAUUUUAACAGCACACGGGGACUGACGAGGCAAAACGCGGGCUCGACGCGAGGCGGAGAACAACACAACAUCAGCAGCGGGUGUGAGCUCCUUCUGUGGCUGUUCGACAUGGUUCUAGAAGGAAGCUCUGAGGCCCUGUGCCCCCCACCCUCCCUGGAGCUACGCCCAUCAUGCAACAAGACCCAGCCGUCCCCCACCCUGGGUUCAGGCUCUCAGCCUCAUGACGCCCUGUUCCCUGGGGACAAAGAACCCAUCAAAUAUGGAGAACUGAUCGUGCUGGGGCAUAACGGCUCGCUAGCCAGCGGGGAUAAAGGCCGCAGGAGGAGUCGCUUGGCCCUUUACAAGAGACCCAAAUCCAACGGCGUCAAACCUGAUGUCAUCCACAACGUCUCAACACCUCUGGUGUCAAAGGCCCUGAGCAACAAGAGCCAGCACAGUAUCUCCUACACACUGUCAAGGAGUCAUUCUGUUAUAGUGGAGUAUACACAUGACCCCAACACAGAUAUGUUCCAGAUUGGUCGCUCCACAGAAAGCAUGAUCGACUUUGUGGUGACGGACACGGCGGGCAGUGGUGGCGGCAGUGGUGGGCAGGGUCAGGGUCAAGGACAGGGGGGUUCAGGAGGAGACGGGGGCCAGUCAGCCCAGAGCACAAUCUCCCGCUACGCCUGUCGCAUCAUGUGCGAUCGCAGCGCCCCCUACACCGCCCGCAUCUACGCCGCCGGCUUCGACUCCUCCAAAAACAUCUUCCUCGGGGAGCGGGCAGCCAAAUGGCGGACCUCAGAUGGCCUGAUGGACGGGCUGACCACCAACGGAGUGCUAGUGAUGCACCCUGCGGGCGAGUUUGUGUCUGAGCCAGCUCCAGGGGUGUGGAGGGAGAUCUCAGUGUGUGGAAAUGUCUUUGCUCUCCGAGAGACACGCUCCGCUCAACAGAGAGGCAAACUGGUGGAGAACGAGUCGAACAUGCUGCAGGACGGCUCUCUGAUCGACCUCUGUGGGGCCACGCUCCUGUGGCGGACCCCUGGCGGGCUGCGGCGGACCCCCACGCUGAAGCAGCUGGAGUCUCUGCGGCAGGAGCUGAACGCGGCGCGGCCGCAGUGUCCCGUGGGCUUCAACACGCUGGCGUUCCCCAGCCUGGCCCAGCGCGCCACCGUCGACAAGAAGCAGCCCUGGGUCUACAUGAACUGCGGCCACGUCCACGGAUACCACAACUGGGGCUUCCGAAAGGAAAAAGGGGCGGGGUCUUCUGCGGUGGGGGGUGGAGCCGGAAGCGGAGGCACCGCCCCAGCCAGCACGGGGGACCGCGAGUGCCCCAUGUGCCGGAGGGUGGGGCCCUACGUGCCCCUGUGGCUGGGCUGCGAGGGCGGCCUGUACCUGGACGCCGGGCCCCCCACCCACGCCUUCUGCCCCUGCGGCCACGUGUGCUCGGAAAAGACGGUGCAGGGGUGGAGCCAGAUCCCGCUGCCCCACGGAACACACGCCUUCCACGCGGCCUGCCCGUUCUGCGGCACGUGGCUGACCGGCGAGCACGGCCACGUCAAACUCAUCUUCCAGGGGCCUGUCGACUGAGAGAGCCCACCCUGCACGCUCCAGAGAAUGACUGUGAGAAAGACGAGGACUGCUGAUUGGACUGUUGAGUUCGGGAUGAAUAGGACGGAGUAGUUCCCCAGCCUGAGCCUCAGAGACCCCAUGCUUUGCACACUUGCGUUGCGUUGUCCCUUUAUCUAGCACACUCGAUUCACCUCAUUAACACGUCAAUUAACCCUUAGAAAAGAAAAGUUAGAAGAGUUUUUACUUUCGUUUGCUGUACUAUCUGACUAUAAUUACGUAAUUACAUUUCUUUCUGUUUCUAUACUUUCUUGAGUCUACACUUCUGACUUUAAUUCUUUAAUAGUUGUUUUGCCAUGAAAUGACACACAAAACAAAAUGUGGCAAAACUAUAAAGGAUGAUUUAUCUUUCUGCCUAUCCUUCUGCAAAACUAGAGCACUCUUUUACUUUCUUUUAAUUGGAUUCAAAACACACAAGAUGCACCAAUCAGCCAUAACAUUAAAACAGCUGACAGCUGAAAUGAAUAACACUGAUUCUAACUCUGAAUUGUUCUAAUAUAGUAGUUGUAGUAGGCAGAGAAUUCAGAGAAUUCAGUUCCUGAAGUCGAUGUGUUGGAAGCAGAAGGAACGAAAGCUUAAGCAAAAGGAUCUGAGACCAUUUGACCAGAGCCAGAUUGUUGUGAUUGCUAGAUGACUGGGUCAGAAGAUCUUCAGAACAUCAAGGUCAUCAGGUCAAAGGAAGGACAAAGGAAGUUUUGGGCACCCCUAGGCUCAGUGAUGUGAUCCAUGGAAGCCCACCUCACAACUUACAAGAUCUUACCUAAAGGAUCUGCUGCUACAACCAACGUCUUGGUGCCAGAUAUCACAAAACACCUUUAAAGGUCUAUUAGUGCAGUACUUUUAAUGUACUGGCCGCUCAGUGUGUCUCCUCUCCUUCUACUUCCACAUAUAAAUGUAGUAUUGAUUGAGCGUUUAGAUCUUCUAUGUGGGAGAAACAGGAGCACUUUCAGCACCAUACGUGACACAGUGGACUGCAGAGGUACUGCAAGGGGGGCAAUUUUUUUUUUUCGGUAAUUCAGUUUAAAAAUGUAAAACUCAUAAAAAAUGUAUUACACACAGAUUGAUCUAUUUAAAGCUUGUAUGUCUUUUAUUGUUGAUGAUUAUGGCUUACAGCCAAUUAAAACACUAAAAUCUGGAUUUCAUAAAAUUAGAAUAUCAUAUAAGACCAAUUGGUACUUUCUGCAGUGUACUUUCUUUUCUUGGCAGUUUGCCAAGUCCUGCUGGAAAAUGAAAUUAGCAGAGGAAAGCAUGAAGUGCUGUAAGAUUUUCCGAGAAAACACUGCUGACAACUUGUAUGAGUUUGUGGAUUUUAUUUUCCAGCAGGACUUGACACUGACAAAAGUACCAGUUGAUCUUAUAUCAUUUUCUGAUACACUGAUUUUUGGCUUUUCAUUGGCUGUAAGCCAUAAUCAUCAAUAAUAAAAUAGAUAUAAAAAAUAGAUCACUCUGUGUUUAAUACAUCUAUAUAAUAUGAGUUUCACAUUUUGAACUGAAUUAUAGAAAUAAAGUAUCUUUUCAAUGAUAUUCUAAUAUUUUGAGAGGCCCAUCUCACAACUUACAGGACCUAAAGGAUCUGCUGCUACAACGACUUGGUGCCAGAUACAAACAAAACACCUUUAAAGGUCUUGGUCUUGUGGAGUCUAUUGAGUUGAGGCCUUGGUGGGAUUGAGAAGCUUUGGGAGUAUUUUCUGUCUCAAAAUGACCCUACACAAUAUUAAUGCGUUGUUUUUAAUGUAAUGGCUGCUCGGUGUGUCUCCUCUUCUUCUGCUUCCAGAUAUAAAUGUGGUGUUGACUGAACGUUUAGAUUCUUCUAUCAGAAUUCCUCUCUCUGUCAAUGAGCUACAAGUGAGAAUUAAUUCAUAUUGAAUUGCACCAUGCUUUUGUAAUUGCUGGCGGUAAGUAAAUAAUUGUAAGGGUUAAAAGCACCUCAUUUCUCUGGCUCUGGUGUGCUACAGCAGGGAAAACACAAAAAUGUGCAGAGUGUAGGCGGGUUCCCGAAGACCAGGACUGGGGAGAACUGGGCUGAAUGGACUAAACUGUUGUGCACCGUGUGAACCGUGCUUACACAAGUGAAAGCUACUGUGCGCUGUGUUGAGGAAUAUGUAAAUAAAGGUGAUGAAACACAAAGGAGAUGAAA